AUUUGACAGUUAGGGUUUCAAAAUCCCCGCCAUUUCUCUUCUAAUAUCGAAGUAGUAUUAAUGGCGUCUACGGCGGCUGAACAAGACGAGAGAAAAAUUGCAUCGGUAGCAUCGAACGCGAGCCAGGACAUCAAAGCGGCUGCUGCUGCAUCGCGGAUCAAUAGCCAAAACGGCGCUUCUCCAUCUCCGUCGCUCAACUCCAAGGAUUUCAUCGUCUCCGCCGCAGCUAACAUCGCUUCUCAGCCGUUACAGAACUACGAUUCGAACGUUUGGGGAGUCCUCACCGCAAUUUCAAGCAAUGCUCGCAAACGCCGGCAGGGCAUAAAUAUACUUUUGACUUCGGAUGAGCACUGCUUAGGACGGCUUCCAUGUCACGCUAGUUAUCAGAUAGAAUCAAAUGCAAUUAGUGGGAAUCACUGUAAGGUUUACCGUAAGCAGGUCACAGGCGGUGAUGGGGAUAAUACGUCUAGCUGUGAUGUAUCUGUCUUUUUGGUAGACACAAGCACAAAUGGUACGUUUCUCAAUUGGGAGAGGUUAAAAAAGAACGGCCCUGAAGUCAGGGUUCAGCACGGUGACAUCAUAUCGCUUGCUGUUCCUCCAGAGCAUGAGAAGGCUUUUGCAUUUGUAUACCGCGAAGUACUUGGUAAUAAUCCUGCACUUUCCUGCAUGAACAGAAAAAGAAAAGCAGAGGAUACUACAUGUGAAAUUAAGAGGCAGAAGGGCAUAGGGAUUGGUGGUCCCAACGGUCCAAUAUCUCUGGAUGAUUUUAAGAGCCUCCAGCGUUCAAACACAGAACUGAGGAAGCAAUUAGAAGCACAGGUGCUUACCAUUGACACUCUGCGUAAUGAGUCCCGCUCAAUUGUGGAGCACCAUGAAAGUGAAAUAAAACAGAUAAAAGAAUCCACUGCAAAAUCAUUUCAUAAUGAACUGAUUGAGCUGCGUGAUCAAUUAGAUACUAAGCAGAAGGAACUGGCGCAGGUCAACAAAUUAUCAGCUGAACAGAAGAAUUCCAUUGAUGAACUUGGUGAGAGAGUAAGCGCUUCUUUGCAAUCUCUCAGUGAAGCAAAUGAAGUAAUUAAAAGUCAAAAGGCAUCCAUAGCUGAGUUGAAGACAGGGUUGGAUGAAGAGAGAAAUCAAAGAAGAGAGGAAAGAGAAACUGCCGUUGCUGAACUCAAAGCUGCGAUGCAUAGAUGCCAAAUUGAAGCUCAGGAAGAAUUGAAAAGAUUUUCUGAUGCUGCUAUGAGACACGAGAGGGAACAACAAGAAGUAAUCAACAAAAUGAAGGAGUCAGAGAAAGAAAGGUCAAUGCAAGUGGAAACAUUGAUGUCGAAAUUGGAAGAUACGAGGCAGAGGUUGGUCGAUUCUGAUAAUAGAAACCGUCAGCUAGAAGCUCAAGUGUCUGAGGAGCAGCUUGCUUCUGCUAAUGCACAAAAAAAAUUGGAAGAACUUGACCUUGAAAUAAAAAGACUGCAAAAGGAUCUGGACAGUGAAAAGGCAGCUCGAGAAGAAGCAUGGGCGAAAGUGUCUGCCUUGGAGCUAGAGAUAAGUGCUGCUGUUCGAGACCUUGACGUCGAAAGACAGAGACACCGUGGUGCAAGGGAAAGAAUCAUGCUCCGUGAAACUCAGAUGCGGGCAUUUUAUUCUACGACUGAGGAGAUCUCGGCUCUGUUUGCAAAGCAGCAGGAACAGCUCAAGACUAUGCAGAGAACUCUGGAAGAUGAGGAUAAUUGUGACAAUACUUCACUAGAUAUUGAUCUUAAUCCAAUAAACAGAAGUCCCAACAGAGCUAAUGCGCAGGAAGAUAAAAGAGCAACUUACCAUUUGAAUUGUGCUGCCAGGGCAAGCUCGUCCACUUCAGGGCAAAGGUCUACCAGAAAUGAAGUUUUGGAUACGUCAUGUGAAGAUGCAGAUGCUACCCAAAAGCAUGAUUGUGAGAUCAUGAGUCAGGAAGGCCAAAACACCCAAGAAGCAGAGUAUCCAAGCUCUGAAAAGGUCGCAAAGGGUGGCUUUGGCUCAGAUAUAGAAGGUGUUGGUACAGCACCCACUUCGGGAACAGACCCUGUAGGAACAGAGCAAGUUAAUGAAACUCAAAGUCCAGGAAAUGAUUAUGAGAGAAAUGAUCAUCUGAGGAAGUCGAUUAUUUUAGCUGGUGAUACAAUGCAAAUAGAUUGUGAAACUCAGGCACAUGAAAGUGUUCAGAAUGAUGGAGCUGUUCUCUUGUUAAGGAACCCAAACGAUCAAAGGGAUACUCAAGACACAGAGGGAGUAGGCACUAUAAGGACGUCGGAUCUUCUAACUUCUGAAGUUGCGGGGAGUUGGGCUAAUAGCACGGCUCCUUCUGUACAUGGAGAAAGCGAAACUGAAAGAAGUAGAGAAGAUGAAGAGAGUCAGACACAAAAAAUCAAGGAAGUGACCAUAGUACAGGAUUCUGCUGGUCAGAUAGGCGAAAGCCAAACUAAACCGACAAGUCCAGGGGUCCUGGUCACUAAAAAGGAUGAUGCUGAGCCUGAGCGUGGAGUUAUUAACGAGCCAGUGGGGAUCAUUGAUCAAAGGAAGAUGAAACAUGGUACUGGUUCGGACUCAGAGACAGAGAGUUGUUCGGAAUCUGAUGAUGAUCAUGAGAAGGAAAAACACAAUCCUGUCUCAGACUCUGAUACAGAGGGUUCUGAUAUGAAUGAUGACAAGGGAUCACUCUCUUUGGAUCCCGAUACAGAAGAAAGCCAUGAAGCUGAUGGGGAUCAGAAACAAGUGGACAACAUGGACGAAGACGAUAAAGCUACUUAGCAUGAUUCCCGUUUCAAGAUCUAAUUCUCAGUAACAUAGUCAUGAUUUUACAGUCUUUUCCAAAUCCCUCUUUGUUUUGUAUUCGUACACACCGGGCUCAUUUUUUCGUUUACAUUAGAAAUAGGGUGUAGAUAUCGCAGGACAAAUGUUAAGGUUGUAACAAGAGGAGUUGUAAUUUACGUGGAAUGCGAAGCUAAACGAAGUGAUUAAAAAAUUUGAUAGUUU